UAAACAUGAUUCCCUGAGACACACUGUGUCCCCUUGGCAUGGAUUGGAGAUGUGCUUCAUCUUCUUCAGAUGAUGAAGUGGGUGACAUGUUUCUCCGGCAUCCUUUUACACUAUGGUCGUACAGAAAGAUGACACCAUUUUCUAAGAACAUGGUUUCUGUCUCACUCUGGACAACAAUCGUAAUCAUAUUUGGUUCUCUUUGUGAUGGUGGCAAAAUCUUGGUGGUGCCUCUGGAGGGAAGUCACUGGGUGAACAUGGACAUCAUCCUCAAGGCUUUACAUGGUCGAGGACACAAUGUCGAUGUAAUGCGCACAUAUAACAGCUGGUUCGUCAAGGAGAACUCAACGUACUACAACUCUAUAAAUGUACCUAACACCAAAGGUAUCAAUGAAGAAUUUGUAAAGGACGUACUCAACAACAUGAUUGACUAUGAACGAGGAAAGAGUUCCUGGCUAGGCGGAGUAUGGCUGUUUUGGGAUAUGGUUAGAGCCAUUUAUGAAUCCCAUGAAAUGGUAUGUCAGUUUAUAACUAACAUAUUGGAAAGUGAGGAAAUUCUGAAAACACUGAUGGAAAAGCAGUACGAUCUGGUGCUCACUGAUCCGGGGUGGGGUGCAGGCAUUAUCCUGGCUCAUAAACUCAAGGUACCCAUGGUUUAUAAUGUGAGAUGGACCUCUAAUGGAGAGGGACACUUUGAAAUCGCUCCCUCACCAAUGUCUUACAUCCCUAUCACAGGAUCUAAAAACACAGACAAAAUGAAUUUCUUCCAACGAGUUGAAAAUAUUUUCUUCUAUUUGCUAAUGGACAUUCAGUGUAGCCGUUUUAAUCUGGCCCAGUACCAAGCAGUUUGUGACAAAUAUUUCGAUCCACCUGUACGCUUUCAGGAACUUCUCCAGGGGGCUGAUAUAUGGCUUAUGAGGGUUGAUUUUGUUUUUGAAUUUCCACGUCCAACAAUGCCAAAUAUCAUCUACAUUGGCGGCUUCCAGUGCAAACCAGCGAGCGCCCUUCCACAUGACCUGGAAAACUUCAUGCAAAGUUCUGGAGAGCACGGAGUCGUUAUCAUGUCUUUAGGGUCAUUUAUCAGUGUCCUACCAGAUGAGUUAACAGAAGAAAUAGCCUCUGCCUUUGCUCGUCUCCCUCAAAAGGUGAUUUGGAGAUACACUGGAAAAAGACCAUCUACUUUGGGCAACAACACAUUACUGAUUGACUGGAUGCCACAGAACGAUCUUCUAGGGCAUCCAAAGACCAAACUUUUUAUUGCUCAUGGUGGAACCAACGGGGUUCAAGAAGCUUUGUAUCAUGGUGUUCCAGUGGUUGGAAUCCCACUUUUUUUUGACCAGUACGACAAUCUUGUUAGAUUACAAAGUAGGGGAGGAGCCAAGAUAGUUACCAUUGCAACUUUAGAUAAAAACACAUUGCACGCGACUAUUCAGGAAGUAAUCAGUGAUCCAUCCUACAGGCUGAGCAUGCAAAGACUUUCUCAUCUGCACAGAGACACACCAGUUAAACCUUUGGACAGUGCCCUCUUCUGGAUUGAGUUUGUAAUAAGACACAAAGGUGCUGCUCACCUUCGUUCAGAAUCCUACAAACUGCCAUGGUACUCCUAUUACUCAGCAGAUGUUGCAGUUACAUUGUUCACAGUUGUUCUGAUAUUCAGUCUCUCCAUAUUUUUCACAGUUAGAUAUCUGUGUGUUAAGUGCUGCAGCAGAAAAAAGAAAACUGACUAACACAUUUGCAUAUGAAGUAGAUCAUUUACAACAAAUAUAAUAAUGUUUUGACUGUCUAAUGUGUGAAAAUAAAUAAAUGCAUACAUAUGGAUAAAUUUAAA